CGACGUUCUUGUAUUGCCAUUGCAUCUUGACAACUUCGCCUGCAAUACAAUAAAAUUUCUCAUACCUAUCCUACUGAAUUCAAUUCUACGCCAAAUUACCACAAUGCCUCUUUGUGGUGGUUCGAAGACCGUCCAACGGAAGUUGGUGCUUCUAGGCGACGGUGCUUGCGGUAAGACUUCAUUACUGAAUGUCUUCACAAGAGGCUACUUCCCGACUGUUUAUGAGCCUACAGUCUUCGAAAAUUAUGUCCAUGACAUUUUUGUUGAUGGUACACACAUUGAAUUGAGUCUCUGGGAUACUGCUGGCCAAGAAGAAUUCGACCGCUUGCGAUCGCUCUCAUACGAUGAUACCCAUGCAAUUAUGCUCUGCUUUAGCGUCGAUUCCAAGGACUCUUUAGAAAACGUUGAAUCGAAAUGGGUUGGAGAGAUUGCAGAGAACUGUCAGGGUGUUAAGCUUGUCUUGGUUGCGCUCAAGUGCGACCUGCGCGAGCAGCAAGCCGAAGAAGAGGAUGAUGCCGGAGUUGUCAACGAACAAGAGAAGAAGCCCACCAUUGAUUAUAACCGGGGCCUCGAGGUGGCUAAGAGGAUAAAGGCUUUACGGUAUCUGGAAUGCUCCGCUAUGAAAAACCGAGGGGUCAACGAGGCCUUCACCGAAGCUGCAAGAGUGGCUUUGUCGGUCAAAGCCAGCUCUAACUCCAAAAAUGAAAGCACCUGCUCGCUCAUGUGAUCGUCUAUUGAUUUUCUGUAAUCUACAGACUUGCACCUCGAAUUCCCCUUCGUUUGUCCUUACUGCAGCGGCACUGGUGUACAGCUUUCUUCAUACCUAUUUCGACCGCUUUCCCACGAACUUUAUUUCAGCAAUCUAUCCGGCUCCACAGCCCUUACUUCUUAAUAUCCCCGAUAGCAUCUUUCAGGUCAAGGCUUUCCCUCUUUUUGGUAUCGAUUUUCUUAUUCAUUCUCUUCUGUACAUGCAUGAGGUCAUGAAAUGAGUCAAAUUUUUUUCACGCUUAGGCAUUGCAGCUUCCAGUGCAUACGCAAUCACAUGUCGGCAUUCGCGCUUUCGCAUGGUUUUUGAUCGACAUUAGCGACUUACACUGUAAUUGUCUACAUCCGCAGAACAGUCGACAUGGGCUAGUGCGCCUAGUUACUUUAAUCUGGAUAAUCAAUACGC